ACAUUCAUAUACGUACGCAAACUUAACCAUUAGAGAUUUGCAACUUUAAGGGAUAACGUUUUAAAACAAUUGGAUCAUAUAUCGGUGCACUGGUUACUAAAUACAAGCAAUCAAAAGGACUAUAAUUUGCUUAUAGGAUAGAUGAAAAGCUCCUCACCUGAGCAUGAUGUUGGCGGAAAUUACUCACAAUCGUUAUGGAACAUGUUUGCGCACGCCUUGAUAUGUAUUAACCCAAAAUUGUAGCCAUUUUGGGCGCGCGAUUGUUGUUCGACUGACUGUCGUCGAUGUCCGGCGAUAUGAGUGUUUUUGUUAACAUGAAAAAAAAUUCAGUAUCAGGCUGUUAUUAACGAUUUGCUUUCCAAACGCGAUACGUCUACAUAAAUUAAAGAUGAGUUCAACCCGGUGCAUGCGUGCCCUCUACUACCAUGUAUUACGGUAAAACUUUGAUUAGUUGAAUCGAUAAGUGGUCGCACCAUCUUGGAUGAUGAUGAACAUUGGGGACCUGGGCGAAAACUGACAGAAGCAUUGCUCAAGCUCACCACUUUGCGCUGAAUGAUUUUUGGAUUACGGUUAGAGUGUCGGGAAAUGUCCAAAACAAUGUGUUUGGUUGAACCAGGAUGGAGGCAUUGCGGGCAAACUGCAUUGCGUAUGAGCCGUGCUGGAAGUUAGUGGUUGUAAUAGCAAAAUUACCAGGUUUGAAGCACCACCCACAAUAUUAGUAUAGCCCUGAACGUUUAGUCCACAUCGUGAAUGUCAAGAGAAUGUUUCAGUGUAUGGUUAAGCAAAAAUCAUUGCCAACGGGGAUUGAUAGCUGCAAUUAACUGAAACAUGUCGAUGUAGUAUGUGGCAUGUGUUCAAACUAAGAGGGAAAGUCAGCUGAAGGAAAACUCAAGACCAAAACUCAGCUCUCAACGUCAACGUAACACGCCGCCAUUCAUAUUCUGUAAUUGAUGGAGGAGUAAAGAAAAAUGCCUACGUCGGCCUGGCCGGUAAAACAUAUUGAAAUCUUAAAAUCUAUAUUGACGCUCGUUGCUGCAACCAUUUCGCCGUCGUCGUCGUCGUCGUCGUCGUCGUCGUUCAUGAUAAACACUUCGGUAAAUGUAUGUCUGUUAGAGGUGUAUCGAAGUUGUCAGUGCCAAUUGUUCACAAUCAUUAUUGGAUUGAAUAGGCGCAAAUGUGCGUGUGUUUUAUAAGGUGGUGGUAUGUCAUCAUGUUAAAUCGACAAGAGGAGAAACUGAGCGUACAAGAAAAACAACGAUUUGAAAUAUCCUUGACUUCCAAAGCAGACGUUCCAAAUAAAUUAACAAAAUCCUUAACAAAAACUGUUUGCUCGUCUUUCUUGCCCUCUACCGCCAUUCCCGUCGCCCCCGUCACCUCCGCCUUGUCGAUGUCCCCUUUUCCUCACUCCUUCACUUAUAAAACUGAUGCAGCUUUAGUUCUCAACAUUUGCUGCAGUUUGCCCACACUUUAUCAUCAUUCUUAUCCCGGGCUGCAUAACGCUCCGCAUUACAUGUGCCGCUCUCAAUUAUAUGAGGUGCCAACAAAGCUCUCCCUGCUGCCAAAAGUAAUUAGCAACAUUCAUGAAGGUGAUCAAAAAUAUUUGGCUGACGUAAGGCGCUGCUGUCCGCCGCCCAUUUUCAUCAUAUUAAUUUCGUUGUUGGAGAUUGCAGUGUUCGUUUACAAUAACAUGAAUGAGUUGCCGCGAACACAAUUAAAUGAUAAUAGUGACAGCAGUAGCAGCGGCAACGGCAACGGCAACGGCAUCAGCAGCAGUAGCAGUAGCAGUGGCAGUAGCAGCAGUAGCAGCGUCAGCUAUGCGUACAACGAGUCUUUGUUGGUUUACCGUCCAGAUCGCCGCUUGGAGAUAUGGCGUUUUAUAACGUACAUGGUUUUACAUGUAAAUUGGUUUCAUUUAAGUUUCAAUGUCAUUAUUCAACUAUUGUACGGUUUGCCAUUGGAAAUGGUGCACGGUUCACAACGUGUGGCUGUCGUUUAUCUAGCGGGCGUAUUAGCUGGAUCAUUAGGCACCAGCGUCAUUGACUCGAAGGUGUAUUUAGUGGGCGCCAGUGGUGGUGUUUACGCUUUACUGGCAGCACAAUUAGCCAAUGUCAUGAUAAACUUUGGGCAAAUGCGUUAUGGCAUUUUAAGGCUUGCGGCUGUCUUUAUAUUUGUUUUCUGUGAUACUGGUUAUGCAUUCUACAGUAAAUGCGUGACAGAGGAUUGCUUAAAGGCUCUACCCUCGAUAUCGUACAUAGCACAUUUGACAGGUUCCUUGGCCGGUUUCACAAUUGGUUUGGCAGCUUUACGAAACUUUGAGCAAUGCCAUCAUCAUUAUUAUCAUCAAUCGAAUUUAAUACGUUACUUUGCUUUAGGAGUUUACGGAUCAUUUACCAUUUUUGCCAUCGUGUUCAAUCUCAUCAACACCGUUACCGCACAAAUACUCGGAGAGGAGGGCGAAGUCUUCAAACAGCAUUUGUUACGUGAUUUGGGUAUUGCGUAAGCUAUUAGCUAUAAAAACGCAUAGAAUACUCUGAUCAAUAUUACAUUAUUUAAAGGAAUUAUUUAAGCCUUUUUUUUUUUUUUUUUUUUUUUAUAUUCAUCAUAACGUGUUUUUCCGUUCAUAACAACCGACAACAAGAGCACCCAUCUAAAAUUCUAAAAAGUGAAUGCACAUAGCCUAAGAGUUUGACUAGCCUAAGAGUUUGAGUCUGACUUUUCAGUCAGCUUUAUCCAUUAAAUAAUACUAUACUUGCUCUAGAUACAUGUUUAAAUCCUUGCAAACAUAAUAAUAGAUUACGUGUACGACUUACUUAACGUUUGCCAGAGUCUUAAUGAUUUGUUUUUGAAGGUACUCGAUCGCUGUACACGUCCGACAACAGUAAAAUAUCUUUCCUACAAAUUGCAAAAAUUUAACCACUGUGCAGUGUUUACAUCAUAUAUCUAUUUUUUCUUUAAACCGAAUAACAAAAUAGACGAGAGGUUCAGCUUAAACUUAUGUUUAGGUCGAGCAAUUAGAAAUUUUCAUCAUACUCGCUGCAUUUAAAAAGAUGUGCGAUCCGUGACCUACUAUCCGAGAGCAAAAUGUAUGAUUACGGCAGUGGUUCUGAUCGAAUAAUUCGUAGAAGAGAAUGAAUUUUCUAUUGGAUAUCCUUCAGGGAGGGGGAGAGUAAGUAACCAUCGUUUUCCUCAAGAGAGAGAAUUUUAUAUUAUUUAAGAUUUUAUUUAUUAAACAUUUAUAUAAUAAUAUAUAUAUAUAUAUAUUAUAGUUUCGUAAUUUAUUGCAAGUUUUCUUUCUCCUUUUACAUUGUUACUAUGUGACUGUAGGUGAUGAAGCUUCUAUAUAUGAUCCCAAAAAUACGAAUAGAUAAUAUUGUGAUAUUGCCAAAGACUGAAAUAAUAACUCAGUAGCCUAUAUAUAUAUA